CUUUGAGCGCCAUCGCGGCAUCGACAGCGUCUAUCGUGGAUCCGCAAAAUAAAUCUGGAGGACAAAUGAAAAGUGCAUCUUCUGAUUCGGGUAGUACCACAACACCUAUGAUUAUGAACAAUGCUUCUGGUACAACAGGAGUUCUUACCACCGCUGGAGGUGAACCUCCGUCAUCUGUACCUGCCGCAGUCGUUCAACCUUCUUCCAAACAAAAUUUGUUAAAAG